CAUUUAAGACAUCUCGAAAGCGAUCGAAAUUUCUCACUCUCUUGAUAUUUUCAAUAUAUGUGUUUCUCUUAAAAUAUAUCAUAUAUUGGAGGUAAAGAUCUCAGAGGGGAUUUUCGCUUUUGCUGUAUCAUAAGAUUCUUGAAGCUCAAACGUGCAAAUUAAUGCACACGUAAUGAAACGCAAAAUUCACUUCUGCAUACAACAUCUGCCACUACUGUCCCUAUCUUCAUUUAGUCUUUAGAGCGACUCCAUUGCGCGACGGGGCCAGGAUAACACAGUAGUGGGGAGUGAAAUCUCCCAACAGGCGUAUAUACAGGCUUGAUAGUAUGCGUUCUCCGAAUAUGUGUGUAUGCGUGCGUGCACACACCUUUUCAAAGAAUGAGACUGCUGUACUGUACCUCGAAAAAUUCGAGUAUUGGUGUGCAGGAACGUAUGGGUAGUCAUUGAGCCGCUUUGAGAUGAUUCAUGCACAUUCGUGGUAUACGUUAAGCGAUUAUACGUGAUAACUUUGCGUUGAAGAUAAAAGUUAUUUUCCAACAGUGUCUUAUUUUCAUGCUGAAGAAUGGAGGAGGAGUUGAUAACUCGCCCAAAGUGGCUGUUGGAAUUGGAAAAUCGUAAGCGGAAGCCACGUUUAGCGCACGAAGCUGGAGCUGGUGCACCAUGUACAAACUGUAAUUCUGCGUGUCCUGGUCUUGAUCUUCAUUUCUGGCGAAAAAUUUGCAAGAAUUGUAAAUGCAGUCGGGACGACCACGAUGUCGAUGACGAUGAAUUUCCACAAUUUGAUCUGCUAUUUGGACCAAGUGGAAAGUUUAAAAAGAAAUCCAUGCGUUUGCAAGUAAAUAAUAAUGAGAAACAAAACGAUGAUGAAACUACAUUCGAGUGGGUACCGCCGGAUACAACUAAAGAACUGGCUAUGGAUUAUAUGAAAGCUUUGCCCGCAGAAAAAUUGCCGAUUAAAGGAUCUGUUGGUGCUGUUUUGAGAAGGCAAUUGUUACAGAAACAACUACCACUUCAUGAUAUCGAUCACAAAGUUUGUGAUGAACUUAGUGAACAAGAGCAAAAACAAUUUGAAAAAUAUUUAGAAAACAUAAAGAAAUAUGUUGGACAAGGCAAAGUGAUGAAAAUGUUGGGUGCCCGACCAUUCGAUCAUUCUUUAAUGACACCUGUUAAUGCAACUGAUAUGCAAAAGUGCAGUCCUGCACAGCAUAAAUCGCAUCAUAUACCAUCUACUGGUGUACAAUUACGUACACCGAGUAGCUUUACCGUAAAAGGUCCAUAUGCGAGGCAUCCUUAUGAUGCUCAAAAUAAACAGGAUGUUGCUACAGCCACAAAUAACAAUGAGAUCUCAACGAAGAGUACAGAAGAGUAUAACUGCACACUGGACAAUGUGUCUGUCAGUAGCAAUGUCGCGAGAUCGCAACCAAUCGAAGAGAAAUCGACUUGUGAGAAUUUUCAACGUGCACACAAUACCGUAUCGAUAAACGAAAAGGAUUUAGAUGGUAAAAUGGUCAAUUUUUCGCUUCGUACACAUUUUGCUGAUUUUGCUGAACAAGAAAGAAGCGUACCCGUAGCUCGCGAAAAGCAUUCUUCUGGAAAUGAUGUAUCUUAUGAGAGAGAAGAUGUUUUCGAAGGACACAGAAGAGAAGAGAAACUGAACGACAGAGAUACUAAUGACGAAACAGCAGCAGCUUUCAUCGCAGAAUCCAUGUUGGCGGACGCGCUUCUUCCGCCCAGUGCUAUACACGCCAAUGAUAUUAUCGGAAGCACAUUGGACGAGAAAGGAUUGAUAUUUAUAAGAGAGAAGCUCGCCGACAAAUAUAACGUUCAAACAUCAGAGAAUUCAGCGUACACUGUUUCUAAAUCAAUCCGACAAUCGUUGGAUGCAAUGAAUGACACAUUAUAUUCGCGUGGCAGCGGAGCUAAGGAGAAUAACAAUUCCGCAGGGACAACUGCAGGUAUUACCGCUGCUACAGAUUUGCUCCCUGCGGCGGAAAGGACAGAAGUGGGGAGCACACGCGCUUACGAAGCAGAAAGAAAGAUGUAUAAACUUGAGUCUCAAAUAGUUAAAUCGGCUACUGUACCCACCUGCUGCACUAUCAAUAUAAACGAACAACGAUGCUGCCGUAAUUCGAACGAUGACAAAGCGGCGAAUAAUGAUCCGUUGAUGAUGGACGCAUCUAAAGCCAUAAUAGAAAGCACUAUAGGCCCACAUACAUUAUCGAACAAACAUAAUUCUACAGAUCCCGCUUUUCCCGAAUCAUCGAAUCUAUCGACGCAAACAUCAGCUGCAUCUAUCGAUGCAAAAUCUAAUCCGUUGCAAGUCGAGUUGAGUAGCUCGAUACUGCAAUCGUCAGUUAUACAUUCCGAACAAUUGCAAAAUCAAGUGUUCCCUCACAUCGUUGGAAAUUGCAACGAACAAUAUACGCAACUUACGGACUGUUUAAAAGAUGCCAUUGAGAAUUUAAGGGUGGACUCGACUCGAAAAGUGCACAAGUGCCAAAAAUGCCAUGAGGACAUACGCAUCGGCGACGUAGUCGUAAUCGCGGAGAAGGCCAAUAACGCAUCCUGGCAUCCUGGGUGUUUCGUUUGUUCAGUAUGCAACGAACUGUUGGUGGAUCUCGUAUAUUUUUAUUACAAGACCAGAUUGUAUUGUGAAAGAGACUUGGCCGCGUUUCUAGGAGUCCCUCGAUGUUUCGCUUGCGAUGAGUUGAUUUUUGUACGAGAGUACACAGUUGCAGAGGGGCACAAUUAUCACGUGAAGCAUUUUUGCUGCUGGGAUUGUGAUGUGCCACUGGCUGGGCGACAAUAUAUUAUCGAAAACGAUCGACCACUAUGUCUUCCUUGUUAUCAAAAAUCAUAUGCAAAACCAUGCGCCGCCUGUAAUAUAGCGAUUGCCGCUGAUCAACAAGGAGUAGCCAUCAAAAAUUUAAACUUUCAUGCAACUCAAGUCUGCUUUUGUUGCCACAGUUGUAAGAAAAAUUUGCUGAAUGGCAGAAUGGCGAUAAAGAAAGAUAAAUUAUUUUGCAGUAAAGAAUGCAUCGCGAAAUUUUUCAACUAACGAAUCAAUAUCAAUAUGUA